CAGAAUUGUGGGAUAACAAAGAGGAUGUUUUACUUCAAGAACUAAGUAACCAGCUUUCAAUGUGGAUUUGUGUUUUUUUUUUUUUCUUUUCUAAUAAUUCUUUUAUUUUGCGAUAAAGUACUGCAUUGAUUCAGGAUUUUGGUACUUUUUUAUAUUUUUAUCAUAAGCCCUUAUUCCUUCUGGGUGAAAUGAUUCCCUGAUUCACCCUUAGUCUUAUUUUUAACACAUGAUGGCACAGCUGAAAGUCUCAGUCACCUCUGAAAGACUGGAGUUGUUUUUAAACAUGCCUUCUUUUGCCACUUUCCUGGGUCCUGCUCUUUCUGGAUUGCUAAUGAAACAAGCACAUGGUUAUGAGCUUUAGAGUCUCGGAACUUCAAGUGCUUUUGGGAUUUGCUGGUAGAAAUAAAAGUGGAAGAAAACACGAACUACUUUCAAAAGCAUUACAUCUGCUGAAGUCUAACUGCAAUCCUGCUGUACAGAUAAAAAUUAAAGAACUCUACCGGCGCAGGUUUCCACGGAAGAUUCUGUCUCCCUCAGAACUUCCCAUGUUGACCAUAAAAGGUGGGACACUCUCAAGUAGCACAGCCAUGGCACAGGGUGCAGUCUCGCAGCUGCCAUAUGAUGCCAGCCCUACAUCGUCAGUUGUGCCGGGUAGUGUGUUAACUUCUGUACCAUUGAUUGGGCAGAAACAUGAACUUGAUUUCCAGCACAUUUCCUCACCUGUCCAUCCUGUCCACCCGGAUGUCAAAAUGAAAAAGCUGCCUUUCUAUGAAGUUUAUGAUGAGCUGAUUAAGCCUACAACACUGGCUACUAAUUCUGGCCAGAGGUUUGAAGAGGCAUAUUUGCAGUUUGCCUUGACACCCCAGCAAGUUCAGCAGAUUCUCACCUCCAGGGAUUUGUUAAAUGUUGCCAAGUGUGACUACACCGUACAAGUACAGCUGAGGUUCUGUUUAUGUGAGACCAGUUGCCCCCAGGAAGAUUAUUUCCCUCCUAACUUGUUCGUGAAGGUCAAUGGGAAGUUGUGUCAACUACCUGGUUAUCUUCCUCCAACAAAAAAUGGUGUAGAGCCAAAGCGUCCAAGUAGACCAAUUAAUAUUACUCAUUUAGUGAGGCUUUCAGCUACUGUUCCAAAUGCUGUCACAGUGAACUGGUCCUCGGAAUAUGGCAGGAGCUAUUCAGUGUCUGUGUAUCUUGUGAAGCAGCUAACUUCGGUGACAUUACUGCAGAGACUAAGAGCAAAAGGCAUUCGGAACCCUGAUCACUCCAGAGCCCUGAUUAAAGAAAAGUUAACUGCAGAUCCAGACAGUGAGAUUGCCACAACCAGUUUACGGGUCUCCUUGAUGUGUCCGCUUGGUAAAAUGAGGCUUACGGUUCCUUGUCGAGCAAUAACUUGUACUCACCUUCAGUGCUUUGAUGCUGCUCUGUACCUCCAGAUGAAUGAAAAGAAGCCAACUUGGACAUGUCCAGUCUGUGAUAAAAAAGCACCUUACGAAAAUUUAAUAAUUGAUGGGUUGUUUAUGGAAAUUCUGAACUCUUGUACAGACUCUGAUGAGAUUCAGUUUAUGCAAGAUGGCUGCUGGUACCCAAUGAGGGAGAGAAAGGAGAAACCAGAUGUGUGUUCAACCCCAGCAUACAAUACAGUGGAAGAUGCAAAGCAUUCUACUGAGGUUAAGAAUAAGGUGGAAGUUAUAGAUCUUACACUGGAUAGCUCAUCUGAUGAGGACGAGCCUCCUCCAAAGAAGCAGUGCCCUAUUAUAUCAACAACCAUCCCAUCCCCUGUGGGGCACAAAGGGUUACUGAACCUCCACCAUCAACCUUCAUCGGUAGUGCGAAGUCCUCCAAUGACAACAUUAAGCACCGAUUACAUACCUAAUCAAACAGUGUCAGACUACCUCCCAACGUACCCUUUGCCAUCUGAUAUUCAAGAUCUUUUCAGUUUCUUUCAGACAGAGGGUCAGAUGUAUAACUCCUCGUUGAUGUCCUCUGCAGAAGAGCAAGAUCCAUUGCAGACAUCUAUGAGUCACUUCUUCCAGUACAGUAGUGCACAACACUUAAUAAACCCUCUGGUCAUUGGAGCAACACACAGUGUCACCAGUAGCACUAACAGGAGCAGUAGCAUAGUCUCAACUAGCAGUCUUCGGGAAAAUCAUGGACUUAGUGGGUCAAUGAGCAAUUCUAGUGGGGGAACCAUCAUACCAGGCUGUAGGUCUGAUAUAAUUUCCCUAGAUUAAACCUGUAUAGAGCCACACCUGGUUAUAGGGAUGGGAACAGACAAAGCUCAUAUGAAUUUCUCCAUACUUUAACAACUCACAUUGGCCAGUUAAGUGGUGCAUUCCAGUGUAAAGGACAUUGUGAUGACAGUGACUGAUAAUCACCUAACUCCAGUAAUUGUACACGUCCCCAAUACUCAGUGCUGUUAGAGAAGUGAUGGUGUGUUGGCCUUCCCUGAUGCCAGUGCUGGAAGCAAGUUCCAUCUGGAGAACCUGUAGUUUGACAGAUGUAUCCUUGAGGGGAGCAGGAGCAGCAGUAGCAGACUAAAAGGGAGCUUUCCUCUGUGAUCUAAAAAAUACUAAGCUAGGAGGCCAUGGUUCUAGUUAGAUGCUGGUUUCCGACCCUGGGACCAGUGGGGGAAGGUCGUCUCUGUGGAGAGGGUGUAUAAUUAUUGUGGCACUUGUACACCAAACUUCUCUCAGUCAGAGACUGCUUUAGUGUUUCUGACCUUUCCUCCUGGACUUUAGAUCAGUGUGGAGGAAGAGGAGGAUAGGAACAAAUCUCAGGGAAAAAUCAACGUUUUACAUACUGGAUGUGGAUAGUUAGUUGCAUUGUAACAUAGCAGGACAGAACUCUGUGACUUGAGUACACAUUAAUAAAUUCUGUAUUGGAUUGCAGGAUAUUUACUUUUGCAGUGGAAAACAGAUAUAGAAGGAAAAUAUUUUUUUCUAAAUAUUUUGUAGUUUUGCCAAAUUAAAAUGCCACUAUAGGUUCCAUUAAAUUGUUCGCAACGUGGUGAACAACCAUAGUGUUAAAUAUGAUCUCUUAUUUAAACUGCCUUUUUAAGUGUUUUGUAUAUGUAUCACAGCACACUUUUUCUAUGCUUUCAUUUAGGUACAUCUUGGUUUAAAAGCUGACGACAAUGUUACAAUAUUUUUUAAGAUUCUACGUUUUUUGUAAGGCAUAUAUUGGCAUCCUGUUUAGUGUUGUUUUGGAUGCGUCUUUUGUGAAGCUGUGAUUAUUUAGAUCCCUGUAGUGAGACAGAGUUUUGUUUUACAGAGAGCAGAGGUGCCAGAGUCCUGUGGACAAAAGGUGCAUAUUCACAAACUAAUUUUAUUUCCUGCCAACAUUUGAAUGCUGUUAUGUUCACUAAAUGAUCUUUUACUUACCCUCCAAAACAGGAGAAUAAUCAAAGAAGGGAGACAAAAUAAACUAAGAAUAAUUUAUUUGAAAUAAACUAAAAAUAAUGUCUUUUGAAAGAGAAGUAAAAUCAAUUGCAUGUUUAAAGUGUAUCGAGGGAAUAAGGUACAUGAAUUUCCACAUCCAGAGUAAGCAGUAUCUUGUUUUUUAUGUGCGAGUAUAUGCAUGGAAUCUUGAAGUCCUUUUUUCAGAACUCUGUCAUUCAGAGCCCCAUGUCCCACUUGUUUAAAUAAUUUAAAAAGAAAAUACCAGCUGAAGAAUCUUCCAAAGUCUGGCACUGGUGUAAUGGUUACCUUAAACUUAGUCCUUUUUAAAUUUAAAAAGCAGUUGAGUUGCAAGUAUUACACAAGGUGUGCAGACUCUGUAUUCAACACUAGGUUGCUAUGUUCCUUAUUGGUUAGAAAGAAGGUCUUGCAUAAAUGUGCCCUGUAAGAGCCAAUACUUUUCCAUGUGGAGAGCAUAUUAAAUAUUAGAACUUCUGUAGAAGGCUCAGUGCAGCAUCUCUGAAUUGUUUGUAGUAAAUGUUGGUUGCAGGAGUAUGGCCUAUACUUGUAGGAGAUAAAUACGUCAGCAGUGUUGACUCUUACUCAUUUCUGUGGUUCUUUGGUUUUGUGAAAGUUGACAAAGUACUUGUUUAACAUUUUGAAAAGAGAAGGUGAUGUAGUAGUAUGCACUUUAAAUCUUAACAUGGGAGGACCUCAUAUCUUAUCACAGAGGUUUGCAGCAAGCAUUUGUUGUGCUGGAUUUUGUGCAAUUAAUCAGCGUACUAAAUAUGAUUACAUUGCCCUUUCCUAUUUGUAUAGUGAUCUAAAUAUUUUAGAGUAAGAUGUGGUGUAUGGCAGUUAUUGCAGGUGACGGAAGCUGAGAGCUGUAAAUGAUCUGCUCCCUGUGACAGGGGUCCAGCAUUUGACUUCUUCCACCUGUGUAUACCUGCUGUGUGCCUGUAAGUCACUGGUCACCCAUGAAAUAGGACAUUUAUUAAGUGGGCUUACCUGGUCAACAAAGAGAUUAAAUAAAAAAAAAAUCACCAUUGUACAUGCAGAUUCUAAUUUAAGGUCCUCUUUGGAUUAUGAGCUCCAGAUUUGAUACAGGGUCAAACUGUGUAGAAAAAAAUAGGUAACACUAGGCCCGUUAUAGGUCCUUUUGAUGCCUUCUCAUGUAUGCCAUUUUCUAAUGAAAUAGCCAGUCUGCAUGUCUGUAUUACUACAGUUGUAAUGAGGGGCAGGAUUAAAAUAUACCAGAUUUAAAUUAUGCCGUUAUGUUUGGUUUGGAGUCAGCAGCUUAGAACAUAUGCAACAGCAGAGCAUGUGUAAGUCAGCCAUCAGCUAGCUGGUGUACAAUAGUAAAAGCUACAAAAACUUGAGAGAUAAGAACUGUGAUGUGUUACCUUGUUGUUCAUUUUCAGCUGUCCCUUGAUAGGUGCAGUGAUUUGACUGAAUGAGUUGCUCAGCCUAAGUGGUGGUAGAUGUUAGGAUUAGUAUCUUAAAGGUGAAUUCUAAAAGAUAUGCAUAUGUGGAAGGGUAAUUGAGCCUUUUUAGUGUAGUUAGUAUGCUGUUGGGACUGACAAGUAUAUAACUUUUUGAAGAGAAUGUUUCAGGGGAGGUCAGUUGAAAAUUCAUGGCAAGUUGUACUUCUUGAGUGGCAGUUGAAAAUGUCAUGGUAUUUGUCAUCUUAGCAAGUUUCAUUUAUAAUUAACGUAAAGUGCAGGUAUCGGUGUAAAAGUGUCUGUAGUAUUCCCAUUAACAUUACUAGAAAUGUUUCAUGCUGCAAUAUUAAUAUGAUCAGUAUAUCGACUUUCUUGAUAUUUUUGGCAAAGAUAAGUUUACACUUUGCAAGACCACAGAUUCAGAAAAGGACCAUACAUGAGAGUGCUUUGUGCCAGUCUUUGUUAAUUCAUAGAAAAGUUAUCCUACAGCUGUUUGCCAGAAAUUCGGUGCAUUAACAGGCUAAGUACUACAGAAUCAGUUAAAAUGUUUCACUAAUUGCAUUUCUUGUAGUAUGGGUUGGAGGUAGUUUUAGCUUUGGCUUAUUAGGCAGAAGAUAUUGCCUUGUGAUCACUCUAGCAGUUUGUGUGUUACACAUUUAAUAUGUACUCUUCUGACACAAAUUGCAGCUAUUAAACUUCUUGCCCAGCACAGUUGCAAUAUUCCACACAUUUACAGUGAAGAGCAUUUUUAACAGCUCUACCAGAUCUAAGGUAAAUAGCAACAGAUGCUGUCUGUUUACAUUAUUCCUGCUUUUUACCUCGGCCAUCAUGACUCAGCUCAGCAGAUACAAUUCUAAACUAUUUCUUAUUUUAAUUUUAAGAAUAUGGACAUUAUGUAUGGGUCAUUCAUCUGUACUGCCUACCAGUUUAUGGUUUGCAUUUACAUUUUUAAAGAGGACCGAUCUGAAUUGCGUAGAAUCAGAAUCCCAUUCCGAGAUUAAACCUGUUGUACUAGCGUA